AUGGUCCCGUCUGAGCUGCAAGCCUUCGUGGCGAAAUAUGAUGCAUCGUCAACGCUAUCCUUCUACCUCAACGGCACAAAGAUCGACCUGCACAACCCUAACCCUCGUUGGACCCUGCUCGACUUUAUCCGCUCACAGCAUGGGCUGAAGGGUACAAAGCUAGGAUGUGGCGAAGGGGGCUGCGGUGCAUGCACUGUGGUUCUACAGACUCGGGAUCAACGCCAAUCUCGUCGCAUCCGACAUUUGGCAGUGAAUGCCUGCCUGUACCCGUUAGUGGGAGUUGUUGGGAAGCAUGUAAUUACUGUUGAAGGGCUGGGGUCCGUGGAACACCCUCAUCCUCUACAAGAGCGGCUGGGAAAACUGCACGGCUCACAAUGCGGUUUCUGCACGCCGGGCAUCGUGAUGUCACUUUAUGCCAUGAUCCGAAACGCCUACGAUCCCGAAACCGGAGUCUUCAAUCUCACGGAAGACGAGAUCGAGAUGAAAGGCCAUCUGGAUGGCAAUCUAUGUCGCUGCACCGGUUACAAGCCAAUUCUCCAAGCAGCGAAAACAUUUGUGCAACACGAUCUGAAGGGUAGACUACACAUAGACCCUCUGUCGCUUGAUACAGAAAUGCCAGACGUGCCAACUGUCUCAGCGUCUAACCCUUCAAGCACUUCAUCCUGUGGACGGCCAGGCGGCUGUUGUCGCGAGACCGGUGGCUCACGAUGCUCCUCCAGCUCUCAAGCAAGUAGUCCCUCGACCAACCCUACAAGUGACGGAUCACCCGUUGCUCUCAAGUCAUCCGAUCCGCAGUUCGACUUCAUUCCUUAUACCCCGAACACAGAGCUCAUAUACCCCCCUGGUCUGGCCAAGCACACCAUGAGAACCCUCUGUUAUGGGGACGAGGGGAAGUUGUGGUUGCGCCCGGCCACGUUGAACGAGGCACUGGAAAUAUUAGCGGCAUAUCCAUCAGCGAGGCUCGUUGGCGGAGCUAGCGAAGUGCAAGUUGACAUCCGGUUCAAGGGCGUAGAAUUCCCCGUAUCAGUUUUCAUUGGAGAUAUCAAAGAGCUGGCUGAAAUAUCCAUUGUUCCAGAUGAAUCGACCGCCUGCGAGCUAGUAAUUGGGGGUAACGCUUCGCUAAGCGACAUUGAGGCGGAAUGCCAUCGACUACUUCCCAUCCUUGGAAGACGAGGAUCAGUCCUAGGUGCAACAGCUAAGGCGUUACGAUACUUUGCUGGACGACAGAUCCGGAAUGCAGCCUCGCUGGCGGGCAACAUUGCCACGGCUUCGCCAAUCUCCGACAUGAACCCAUUGCUGCUGGCGGUCAACGCUACAGUGCUCACUGAGACUGCCGCCAUGAAGACGGCUUUGUCCAUGGACUCACUGUUCUUGGGAUAUCGGAAGACAGCGUUACCAGAGGGGAGCAUCAUCACCCAGAUCCGCAUUCCUUUGCCUCCGCCAAACGUGAGAGAGAUCACGAAAUCAUACAAGCAGGCUAAACGCAAGGACGACGAUAUUGCCAUCGUGACCGCUGCAUUCCGCGUCCGCCUGGAUGAUACUGCGAAAGUGACAGAGGCGGCUCUGGCUUACGGCGGAAUGGCGCCCACUACCGUGAUAGCGAAACGUGCCACUGAGCUUCUUGUCGGGAAGACAUGGGGCGAUGGGAGCGUCUUAGAUGAAGUCCUGGAUGCUCUACUUGCUGACUUCGACCUGCCAUUUGGCGUCCCCGGCGGGAUGGCGACAUACCGACGAACGCUCACAUUGUCGCUGUUCUUCCGUUUCUGGAAUGAAGUCAUCUCCGAGUUUUCUCUGGGCCCUACAGUGGACCGAGACAUCACUGACGGAAUACACCGGAAGAUCUCUCAUGGCGCUCGAGACAACAACAAUCCAUAUGAACAACGGGUGGUCGGAAAGCAACUCCCCCAUCUAUCCGGGUUGAAGCAUACAACCGGCGAGGCCGAGUAUGUGGACGACAUGCCUCCACAGCAUCGAGAGCUAUUCGGUGCCAUGGUCCUAUCGCAAAAAGCGCAUGCAAAGAUUGUCUCCGUCGACUGGACUCCCGCUUUGGGCCCGGGUUUGGCGGUGGGAUAUGUGGAUCGGCAUAGCAUACCUCCAGAGAUGAACCGAUGGGGGUCGGUAGUGCACGAUGAGCCCUUCUUUGCAGAGGACAAGGUGUAUUCCCACGGCCAGCCUAUUGGUCUUGUGUACGCGGAGACAGCUCUUCAGGCUCAGGCUGCCGCUCGCGCCGUCAAAGUCGUCUAUGAAGAUCUACCGGCUGUCCUAACCAUCGAUGAGGCAAUCAAGGCAGAAAGCUUCUUCAACCACGGCAAGGAGUUGCGCAAAGGUGCACCGCCUGAAAGAAUGGCGGAGGUGUUUGCUACUUGUGACCGUAUAUUUACGGGGACUACUCGUAUCGGCGGACAGGAGCACUUCUAUCUGGAAACAAACGCCGCUAUGGUCAUUCCUCAUCCGGAGGACGGCUCGAUGGAUGUCUGGUCAUCCACGCAGAAUACGUAUGUAAACCCAAUGCCCUGGAGACAUGCAGGCCUAACUCCCAACAGACUGGAGACGCAAGACUUUGUCAGUCAUGUAACUGGCGUUCCUGCAAACCGCAUCAACGCUCGAGUGAAACGCAUGGGAGGAGCUUUCGGAGGGAAGGAGUCUCGUAGUGUUCAAUUGGCCGCCAUUCUUGCAGUCGCAGCCAAGAAAGAGAAGCGACCGAUGCGCGCAAUGCUGAACCGCGACGAGGACAUGAUGACCACUGGGCAGCGCCAUCCCAUCCAGUGUCGCUGGAAGAUAGGCGUGAUGAACGACGGGACCCUCGUGGCUUUGGACGCAGACUGCUAUAAUAACGCCGGAUAUUCGGUAGACAUGAGCUCGGCGGUGAUGGACCGCUGCUGCACUCAUCUUGAUAACUGUUAUCAUAUCCCCAAUGUGCACAUCCGCGCCUGGGUCUGCAAGACAAACACCCACAGCAACACUGCUUUCCGUGGGUUCGGCGGUCCACAGGCCAUGUUCAUUGCAGAAAGCUACAUGAAUGCAGUUGCGGAGGGGCUGAAUAUUCCAGUCGACGAACUGCGCCGCCGCAAUUUGUACAAAGAAGGCCAGCGGACCCCGUUCCUCCAACGCAUUGAUGAAGACUGGCAUGUCCCAUUGCUUCUUCAGCAAGUCCGUGAGGAGGCAAAGUAUGAUGAGCGCCGAAAGGCGAUCCAGGAGUUCAACGCACAGCAUCGGUGGCGCAAACGUGGAAUCUCUCUAAUCCCUACCAAGUUUGGAAUCUCUUUCGCGACAGCCUUGCAUCUGAAUCAGGCCACGGCAUCUGUUCGAAUCUACACGGACGGAUCCGUCCUUCUCAACCACGGAGGCACAGAGAUGGGCCAAGGACUAUACACUAAAAUGGUGCAAGUCGCUGCGCAGGAGCUGGGAGUUUCAUUUGAGAGUAUCUACACGCAAGACACAUCGUCCUAUCAAUCAGCAAACGCCUCCCCAACAGCUGCGUCCUCCGGCAGUGAUCUCAACGGAAUGGCAAUAAAGAAUGCUUGUGAUCAGCUCAAUGAGCGACUGCAACCCUAUCGCGAGAAGUUCGGCGCAGAUGCCCCCAUGUCUACUCUGGCCCAUGCCGCCUAUCGUGAUCGAGUAAACCUAUCUGCGACUGGUUUCUGGAAGAUGCCCACGAUUGGCUAUCAAUGGGGCAACUAUGACCCAGACACAGUCAAACCUAUGUACUUCUACUUCACUCAGGGCGCUGCUUGCACCGAAGUUGAACUCGAUCUUUUGACUGGAGAUCAUACCGUCCUCCGAACAGACAUAAAAAUGGAUGUCGGGCGAUCCAUCAAUCCUGCAAUCGACUACGGUCAGAUCGAAGGAGCCUUUGUCCAAGGCCAGGGCCUCUUCACCAUGGAGGAAAGUCUCUGGACCAAAGAGGGCCAGCUGGCAACGCGUGGACCCGGCAACUACAAGAUUCCAGGGUUCAGCGAUAUCCCCCAGGAGUUCAACGUCAUCCGGCUACAGCUGAGCGGCUCAGGCUGUCCGUGGGUGAUAAGUUACUGCAGAAAGCCGAAGUGA